AUGGUUUGGUGUCUAUAUCGUGUGGUUUUAAUGGUGGCUAUUUUUCGAUUGUCCCAUGCCGGUUUCAUGGACUGGUUCCGAUUAACCGAUGUGGACGAGCAGCGAGGUCACAAGGUAGGCAAGAUUUAUGUGGAAGUACUCUCGCCGAAAGGCAUUCGCCUGUGGACAGCGUACAAUCCCGACACGGAGCUGCUGGGUGUGGAGCUGUACGUGAAGUACUAUGGUGGACGUACGGAAGCCCUCGAGUGUGCCCUUUGCCAGAACGUUACCGUCCCGGUGGAUGGCAAGUUUAUGCUGGAAGAUCCGAACCUAGUGGCCCGUUUUGGGGAUGUGCUCCAGUACGCCAUCAUAACCUUCGACGGGACUACUACGAGGCGUCACGCCAUAAGACGAAUGUUUGUGCGAGAGGAGCUUAUCAAACCGAACGAUCGGUGUAUCUGUCCGGAGCGUGAGCUUCCGGGUGCGCUUCGUGCUGCACCGACCACUGAGGUGGACCUUCUCGAGCGUAUGAUACUGCGUGCACUGGACAACCGGAGCCGCGACUGUGAAACGAUCUCGAACUGGCUCGUGUUGCUGGCGGAACCACGCAACGAGCAGGCCGAUUUGCUCGAGUACGUACGAACCUAUCUCGAUCUGUUGCUGUUGAGAGCGAAAUGGCGCACACUGGAUGUUGGUGGUAGCGGUUGGACAAGCGCCCGACCGUCGGCAAUAGUCGUGGAGGUGGAGGAUCAUGCGGAUGGGAUUGCGUUCCAGGUGAGAUCUACCAUCGAGAAGCUAAAAAUGCUGGAUCUGAUGAGCUUCAGCGGUGUGAUAAAGGAUUAUGAUGGAGUUUUUUAG